CAGUCCUCGGGGCGCCUUAUAAGCGCUGCCCUCCCCACGCUGCGUGGACACGGGCUCUUCCUCUGCACCGCAGGUCGUAAGGCACACGGGCCUCGCCACCGCACCUGGUAUAGGUCAUGUGAGAUCUGAGCUGGGAUGGAGCAUGACUCACAUACCACGUGGGAAUUCAAUGGCUCCUUCUAUCAGCCUUCAGCUUUCCUCAUGAUGGGCAUCCCAGGCCUGGAAGCCCUUCACCACUGGAUCUCCAUCCCUUUCUGUGCACUCUACUUUAUUGCUCUCUUGGGAAACUGCCUGAUCCUAUUCAUCGUAAAGAAGACCCAAAGUCUUCAUGAACCAAUGUACUACUUCCUCUCCAUGCUGGCAGUCACUGACCUGGGCUUGGUUUUAUGUACAUUGCCUACUACUCUGGGCAUUUUUUGGUUUAAUAUCCGAAGGAUUGGGUUUGAUGCUUGCCUCACUCAGAUGUACUUCAUCCAUAUACUGUCCUUCAUCGAAUCCUCUGUGCUGCUGGCAAUGGCGUUUGACCGCUUCAUUGCCAUCUCCCAUCCACUGAGAUACCCAUCCAUACUGACCAAGGCAACUGUCAUAAAAAUAGGUCUAGCAAUUAUAUUGAGAGGCAUGGUCUCCCUCCUUCCCAUACCCUUCUUGCUCAAAAGAUUAACCUAUUGUGGUAAGACUGAGCUUUCUCAUUCAUUUUGCUUCCAUCCUGAUAUCAUGAACCUAGCAUGUGCAGAUAUAAAGGUCAAUGUCUUCUAUGGUAUGAUUAUUCUCUUAUCAACUGUGGGGAUGGACUUAAUCUUCAUUGUGCUGUCCUACAUCCUGAUCAUUAAAACUGUUAUCAGCCUUGCAACUAAGGAGGAGUGUCUCAAGGCUUUGAAUACAUGUGUCUCCCACAUCUGUGCUGUCCUAAUAUUCUUCAUCCCAAUGAUCGGACUGUCCAUGAUUCAUCGCUUUGGAAAGAACAUUCCUCCUCUAGUUAAAACUUUGGUGGCCUACACUUACCUUAUAAUUCCCCCUGCUCUCAACCCCAUUAUCUACAGUAUAAAAUGUAGCCACAUCCGUGAGGCUUUGUUCAGGGCACUGUGGAGGAAGAGUGAAUCUGACUGGUAGCUUCUUCCACCAGUUCUGCCAGACAGUGCUAGUGGACUUGUUUCUUGGUCAGAGUUAGUGGACCGGUUUCUUUCCCCAUGCUGCAUCCAUGGGGAUCACUGCCAGACAAAGGAACCGCAGAUCCACUCAGACAAUGUCCCUCAACCCAGAGCUGUGAUCUUCAUGUUUUGUCCUAGCAUGAUCUUUCAUCCAUUCCAACAGCCUGUAAGCACCCCAAGUAUUUAUGAUAGUGAUAUACACAAAUGGAAGCCCCAUUUUGAGGGAGACAAUUACAGGAAAAUGGUCUUCUCUUUCAAGCUACACAGUGGGGUGGAUCAAGGAAUAUCUGCAAAGCAUGUUAUGCAUGUUAUGCAAACUCUAGUAGACAGCGUGUAAACUUGACUUGGACUCCCUUGAAUGGGCUGAUUGUGCCCUCACCAAAUGUCACCAGAUAGCUAAAGACAUCAAACUCCACUGGAGCUCCACUUGGCUUGAGCCAAGAGCUUGAAGCCACUCUGAAUAUCUCAGCCAUUUUGUUCAGCUGGGAACACUCCACAAGAUGGAGCUCAGUUCCAAAGUUUGGAAAAGUUCAAUACAGAAAAUUUUCUGAAGGUCAUGUUAAGUGAGCCCUCAACACUCUCUUAUUUUUAAUUCUUAAAAAUAAGCUCAAUCUUCAUCUUCAUCUGUGUCUCUAAACUGCCAUACACAUCUACAGUGUUAAAAGCCAUGCUACUUUUGCACCUUGUUUUUAUUUCACUGGACC